GUCUGUGAAUUCCUGUCCUCUGGCGGACAAGAUGUGAGUGAGACGGAAAUCGAUAGGGGAGGAACCUCGUGGGAGCAGGCUUUAUACAAUCGGUUAACCCUCGCGCUGCUCCUGUCCCAUGCGGGGACAUGGUUGAAGGACGGGAACACGUUUUUUCCCUACUAUAUUAGGGUACUAACUUAUCAUUCUCAGCACUAUCGACCAAGAUCAGGAAAAGAGAAGAGAGAGGAACAUAAACGUUUUCCAAAACGAGAGGACUGAGUGAACGGCCAUAGGGCGACCGGGGCCAGGGCUCCUUACUGAUCCGGUGUAAAUAUGACGUCUCUGUUCGGUUCAGCUCGCGCUCUGAACGCUGUUCUGAUCAAAGACAACCCGGGAUAAUAGAAAAAUACUCCAGGGACCUCAACACACACAAACACACACACACACACACACACACACCACAGAGCGCGCGGCACAGCACAAGCCAUCCAGCAUGACAGCGCGAGCAGCAGCGGAGGAGCUCACCACGGACGGGCAACAGAACCUCUUCAUCAGCAUGAGAUGAGGUCUAGAGACUUGUUAAUAAAGUUGUAUCGGUCAUUAAUUUAUCCAGCCACACUUCUACGGCCGCUCGGUCGGCACCUUCAGCAGAGGAGCAGCAGGUAUAAGACAGCGGACGGUGCUGGGAACUACUGCACUUGUGAAAAGAAGACGCACGGCGCACUACUAUCAGGGGAAAGUUGUGCGCAGCACCGGAGCUGGGGGAUACCUAUUUGGAAACGGACAGACGACGCACUGCGAGGACAACAAGCUGUGUUGUGUGUAUUGGAGUGUGUCUGUGUGUCUAGUUGGAGUGCGUAUUGCAGUGAGGGAGUGUGUGUGUGUGUGUGUGUGUCUGUAGUUGAAGCGAUUAAAAGGUGUUUUAAUCCUGGAACACGCAGCAGCGGUAUCGGCUUCUGUUUCACCUGGAACCCGCGAGACAACAACACAACUCAGGGUAGUGCGAGGUGACUCUGCGAGGGGAAGGCGUGCUCCCGGGUGGGGGGGUAGAAGCGAUGACCGCGCUGCGUAUCCCCGUCCUACUGGCGCUGCUGGUCCUACUGCUGACUGCUGGCUUCUGCAAACAGAGCUUCCUGGACGUGAGCAAAGGGGCGCGCACGGACGGACACAAUCUCAUGGAGCUCAUCAUGGACAAGGUGCGUCUGGCUCAGAACCAGGACCAGGUACACGUGCGCUACCCCGCCAAAAAACAAGAGUUUACCCUGGAGACCAAGGAGAGGAAUGAAGUGAACAAGUCUCACCAUGGAGAACACAUCAUAGAGGUGUUCCCCAGAGACCUGAGACAGAAAGAAAAGUUCCUCAAACACCUAACAGGUCCUCUAUUCUUUAACCCAAGGUGUAGGAAACACUUCUAUAGACUGUACCACAACACCAGAGACUGUACCAUCCCUGCCUACUAUAAGAGGUGUGCCCGUCUUCUCACCAGACUGGCAGGCAGUCAGCGGUGUACAGAGAGGUAGAAUACCCUGAGCCGAUGAAAGAGAGAAGUGCCUUGAAAAGCAACAGGGAAUGGAGAUGGUUGGUUGUGUUCGCACCACAGACUGCCACUGUUUGCAGAGAGCUCACACUCUACUCUACAUUCUAAAUGGUGCAAAUGAACAGACUUGUUGGACAGAAGAAAAGACAUCCUCGUAGUUCUACUGCCAAAAAAACCAUGACGACACAACACGUGGAUACUAGUUUAAAACACUUGGAUUAUAUAUUUCAUACAACAUGCCACUCUCUGGAACUGCUUCAGUGGUCAUCGACAUGCCUUCACCUUUUCAUUCGAGUUUUAAAUCAUUUUGCUUUUGGAUUAUGGUUGGAGAAUGGACGGUGGUCUCUGAGCUGUGGUGGUUGUGUGUUGUUGGCCGUGGCUUCAGACUGAAAUAUAUGACAGUAGUCUUGAUCUUCUCUUCAGCUACAUUCCACAAAAGUGAACUAAUCUAAUCCCUAAUGAAAUGACUGAUUGAUCGCCUGGUGAUAAUCUAAACCCUAAUGAAAUGACUGACUGGUAGCCUGGUGAGAAUCUAAACCCUGAUGGAAUGACUGACUGGUAGCCUGGUGAGAAUCUAAACCCUGAUGGAAUGACUGACUGGUAGCCUGGUGAUAAUCUAAACCCUAAUGAAAUGACUGACUGGUAGCCUGGUGAGAAUCUAAACCCUGAUGGAAUGACUGACUGGUAGCCUGGUGAGAAUCUAAACCCUGAUGGAAUGACUGACUGGUAGCCUGGUGAUUAUCUAAACCCUGAUGGAAUGACUGACUGGUAGCCUGGUGAGAAUCUAAACCCUGAUGGAAUGACUGACUGGUAGCCUGGUGAUUAUCUAAACCCUGAUGGAAUGACUGACUGGUAGCCUGGUGAGAAUCUAAACCCUGAUGGAAUGACUGACUGGUAGACUGGUGAGAAUCUAAACCCUGAUGGAAUGACUGACUGGUAGCCUGGUGAGAAUCUAAACCCUGAUGGAAUGACUGACUGGUAGCCUGGUGAUUAUCUAAACCCUGAUGGAAUGACUGACUGGUAGCCUGGUGAGAAUCUAAACCCUGAUGGAAUGACUGACUGGUAGCCUGGUGAUUAUCUAAACCCUGAUGGAAUGACUGACUGGUAGCCUGGUGAGAAUCUAAACCCUGAUGGAAUGACUGACUGGUAGCCUGGUGGUCUGCAACAGGACUCUCAUGCUACCUCAACAGGUAUACUCUGGUCCUACUGCAGAAAGUCAACUCUGACAUUUUAGACAUUACGGACACUGCAUGAAGACUAGUGGUGAAAAAUUCCGGUAAAUUUUUCUCAAAUUGCCUUCGGUUUCCAGAAAUCCUGGUUGGAAGAUUGCUGGAAUCAAACAGGAAAUCUGCGAUUCAUACAAUCAGUUACAGGAAUUUUUCAACCCCAAUGAGGACCAAUCUGAAUUCACUGUCUUUUCUCUACUACCGGCUGAACCUAUACAGUCUACUAUGGGCUAAACCUACACAGUGUACUACGGGCUAAACCUAAACAGUGUACUACGGGCUAAACCUACACAGUGUACUACCGGCUAAACCUACUGCAUGUGGCUCUGGUGCAAAGUAGAUCACUUGCUAGAGAAUAGGGUGUAAAUUGGGACUCAUCUCAGUUUGCACCUUAGUCUCUGUAAUAAACCUAAAGAAGCGAACGAUUAUGGCCACCACAGCUCACACCUUGAUGGAGAAUCCUACUGUCCAAACAUGUGUCACGUCAUAUAUACACAUAUAUUUAUAUAUUCCACAAAUUGUAUUUUUUUGCACAUUGUGUUUAUAGUUACCUUCUAGUGUGUACUAUGUAAAUAUUGUAAAUACUAAAUAUAUAUGAAGUAUAUAUACAGUGCCAGUCAAAACUUUUGACACACCUACUCAUUCAAGGGUUUUUCUUUAUUUUAACUAUUUUCGACAUUGUAGAAUAAUAGUGAAGAA